AUGGCAGUUGACAGGUCCGUCGAGGACCCCGUCCAGCCUGUGGCGGCUGCCGGCAAGCAGGCUGAGAACCCUUCGGCCAUCCACGACGAGGUGCUCGUCGCCGAGGCAAAGCAUGGUGCCGACAAGGAACAUCAGAUGAGCCUCUGGACCGCUCUGAAGCUGUAUCCAAAGGCUAUCGGCUGGUCCAUGCUCCUUUCAUCGACCCUCAUCAUGGAGGGCUACGACCUUGCACUUCUGGGGAGUCUGUACGCCUCGCCCGUUUUCAAACAGAAGUAUGGUGAGCUUGGCAGCGAUGGCAAGUAUGCCGUCUCGGCUGCAUGGCAAUCGGGCCUAUCCAACGGUGCCAGGGCCGGCGAGAUCUUCGGCCUUAUCCUGGCCGGUUGGGCCGCCGAUCGCUACGGUUACAGGAACACCACCAUCGCCUCCCUGAUCCUGCUCUGCGGCUUCAUCUUUGUGCUCUUCUUUGCCCCCAACGUCAAGGUCCUGGUCGUCGGCGAGAUCCUCUGCGGCAUGCCCUGGGGCGCCUUCCAGAGCGUGACCCCUGCGUACGCUUCCGAGGUUGCCCCCGUAGUCCUCCGGCCGUACCUGACUACUUGGUGCAAUAUGUGCUGGGUCAUCGGCCAAUUCUUUGCUGCCGCCGUCAACAAGGGAUCUGUGAACCGUACCGACGUCUGGGCAUACCGCAUCCCCUUCGGCGUGCAGUGGGUCUGGCCCAUUCCGAUCCUUGCCGGGCUUGUCUUUGCUCCCGAGUCUCCAUGGUGGCACGUUCGUCACGGUAACAAGGAGGCAGCAAAGAAGGCCCUGCUCCGCCUGACCUCUCGCAAUCAACCCGACUUCAACGCCGACGAGACCAUCGCCAUGAUCGAGCACACCAACGAGCUCGAGAAGAACCUGCGCGAGGGCGUCGGGUUCCGCGACUGCUUCAAGGGCAUCGACCUGCGCAGAACUGAGAUAGUAGUCAUGGUCUGGUUAGUGCAAACGCUUGGAGGCCAGAAUUUAAUGGGUUAUUUUGCGUAUUUCCUAACACAAGCUGGAAUGGACCCCGGUAACUCCUUCUCUCUCUCCAUGGGAAAUUCCGCCCUUGGUAUAGUCGGCACUGCUGGCUCCUGGUUCCUCAUGUCGCGCGUCGGCCGUCGAACGAUUCAUUUCAGCGGUCUCUGCGCGCAGUGCACCCUGCUCAUCAUCGUGGGCAGCCUGUCCUUCGCGACCUCAAAUGCCUCCGUUUGGGUCAUUGGCGCCCUCCUGAUCGUCUUCACCUUCGUCUACGACUUCACCGUCGGCCCCGUCACCUACAGUCUUGUCUCGGAGCUCUCGUCCACCCGCCUCAAGGCCAAGACCAUCGUGCUCGCUCGCGCCGCCUACAACGCCAGCAACAUCUUCGUCAACGUCAUGACCAACUACCAACUGUCCAAGACGGCGUGGAAUUGGGGUGCCCGGGCGGCCUUCUUUUGGGCUGGCUCCUGCUUUCUCAGCGCCAUCUGGGUGUACUUCCGCCUUCCUGAACCCAAGGGUCGCACAUACGCCGAGCUCGACAUUCUUUUCGAGCACAGAGUGUCUGCCCGGAAGUUCGCCAAGACCGAGAUCGAUCCCUACACGCAUGCUUUGACCGGAAAGGAUAGGAUUGUAGUGAAGGAGAAGGAUCUGGAAUAA